AAUCCUAUUGAACUGGUCUGGGGUUCUUUGAAGGGGUAUGUCGCCCUGAACAACUGCCAAUUCACCAUGGUGUCCGUCGCUAAGCUCAUCGACGAAGCAUUCGACACCAUCACCCCGGAGAAAUGGAAUGCCUGUGUAGAGCACGUUAUGAAGCGAGAGCAGGAGAUGAUGGAAAUCGACCACAUCGCGGACGAGUUCUUCGACAACCCCACACAGUUCGUAAUAAAUCUAGAGGACGACUCAGAUGAGGAUGAAGAUGAUGUGCCCGACGAAUGGGUAUCAGACAACGACGAAUUAUUUGAACAGCCGUUGGAAGAGUAUGAAAACUUUGAGGAGGAAGAGGUGGACGACCCCGAAGACACCCUUGCCAUGCCUCUGGAUGAAUGAUUCCGCCCCCUCCCCUCUCCCUCCCCGGGCCUUUCACUUAAUUCCCUAUAUGUUUCAUUAUGACUCAAUAUUUCUGAUUUCUUAGGUAUUUAAAAAAAUGUUGUUCUAUCAAUAAAUAAUUUAAAAAGUGCUCAUACUUGUCCUCCUUUUGUGAAGUUUUCCGAAUGAUGCUUUCUAUUGAACGGGUAGUCGUACGAACACGAUUCAAAUUUCUAGGGAAGUUUUUCAGGCGGAUCG